UUCAUCUGUUCACUUCAAUAUCAGAUUCAGUUCCUUCAGGAAUGAUAGAAAUGGGGAACAAUGGAAAGCUUGAAGCUGAGAGAUAUGCCGUAGUGACCGGAGCAAACAAGGGUAUUGGGUUUGAGAUUGCAAGGCAGCUUGCUUCGAAGGGUGUAACAGUUGUAUUAACAGCUAGAGAUGAAGUGAGGGGAAAUGAGGCAACCGCGAAGCUCCACCGACUGCUUUUUUCAGAUGCAGUCUUUCAUCAACUUGAUGUUCUGGAUCAGACUAGCAUUGACGCAUUGGCACGUUUCAUAUCUCAAAGGUUUGGAAGACUUGAUAUCUUGGUCAAUAAUGCAGGUGUCAGCGGCGCUAUAGUUGAUGAAGAUAGCCCCAAAGCCUUAGGUAUACUCUCUGGGAAGGUGGCAAAGGUGAUUCAGAGUGUGGUAAAGUAUAUCUAUGAAGAGGCUCAAGUAUGCUUGAAUACUAAUUACUAUGGUGUCCAAAGAGUAACUGAAAUCCUCCUCCCUCUGCUUCAGCUUUCCAGUACAGGAGCUAGGAUUGUCUAUGUUUCUUCUCUUCGAAGCGAAUUGAAGAGGAAUCCUGCCGAAAGCAUUAGAAAUGAACUUAGAGAUAUAGAGAAUCAAACUGAAGAGAAACUUGACAGCACAUUACAAAGAUUCUUGAAGGAUUUUAAAGAAAAUGCACUUGAAGCCAAUGGAUGGCCCACAAUGCUGCCGGCCUACAGCAUUUCAAAGGCGGUCCUCAAUGCUUACACAAGAAUUCUAGCCAGAAAGUACCCAAACAUGCACAUAAAUUGUGUUCGUCCUGUGUAUGUUAACACCGACAUAAAUUGGCAUACAGGGGUGAUCACGACUGAGGAGGGUGCAAAAGACCCUGUUAAAUGUGCUCUCAUCCUCGAUGGUGGCCCGACUGGGUGCUACUUCGAUCAGACCGAGGUUGCAGAGUUUUGAGACCCUCCCUCUUUCCACUUGGUUGGAGAUUGAACAUUUAUUUGGGAUCGCUACAUACUAUUUAUGUUAUUUGAACUUUUCAUAAUUUAAACUGUUUGUGUCUAAUGUGAACAUAUGUGCCGAUUAAGUUGAGCGGACCAUGUG